AUGGUAGACGGACAACCGUCUCCGACCGAUGGCCCAUCGCGUGGUCGAGGACGUGGAAGGGGUAAGUCUCGUGGUGGGUUAGGCAAAUAUCUCCGUGCCAGGGGUCGCGGCCGCGGAUACGGGCGCCCAGCGGAGUUCUCGAAGCGCCUCGUACUAGAGGGCGAAGAGGAAGUAGAGCUGGACCCUGAAGAAGCGGAGGAACAACGUCGCAGGUAUGGGAAGAGGCAGCUUGCAUCCAAUGCAGAUCGGUAUGUCGAACCCGAACCGGAACUUGGAUCAGACGGGGAGGAGAUCAGAGAGCCAGAGGUGGAUCUGUCUGCCUUUCUGGAGAAGCAAAAAAUAUCAGAGGAUACAGCGACAUCCUCUACCACUCUGCCCGAUGACGACGACGUUGACCACGAUUUUGAUCACAUAAGAUUGGGAACGCAGACACGUACACGGUCCAAGAAGGGAAAUGUUCAUACAAUUGCAUGGGAUGACCAGUUAGAGAAAUUGCAGCGAGAGAAAGAUGCUGCAGAUGCUGCCAGAGAUCUCAAGGAAAGAUUCCGGGCAAAGUCUGGUAAGUUGCGAGAAAAGCCCGUGUCCUUCGAGCCGCGCAAGAAUGGUAGGUCGGCUAUGACUGACAUUCUUUGGAACAAUACUAUUGUUGCCCCACCCCUCCCAACCGAACGAGCACCGAAGGCACCGAAAGAGGAAAUGCAAGAUUUUUUGGAUGAACUACUUGGCUAG